AUGGAGCGCGAGAGGAAGCGCCCCAAAAACAGGAGCUUUAGUUAUGGAGUGAAAGACCAACCACGGGAAGAGCUCAACUUCCGGGAUUCUUCGCGCCAGAUCCAUCAACAUCUAGCUAAAAACCGUCGAUUUGACCAGAACAUGGAAAAAAGACGUUGUAUGCAAGAUAUAAUGGAUGGAUCAGAGAGGCGUAAUCCCCAAAAUUGUCAGUCCCAAUGUGGAGGAGAGGUGGGAAGAAGGCAAGAGAAGAGAAAGAUGCAGAAUGUUUACGAUGCCGGGCAGAUGCCCAAAGAUGGCACGCAGUUUGAGAGAUCCCAACAGUUUAGACGGGAUAGCACCAGGAAUGGUCAUUGGAAUGAAGUUAAAAGGGGCAGAGGGGAACCUGGCCAAACUAAGGUCAAUGAAAGCCCCAUAUUUCGCAUUGGUAAAAGCAAAAGAUGCUGGGAAGGUAAGCUCAUUUUUUCCUCUUCACCUACUGUUUCUGUUUGUCAAAUGUGUUUUGUUAAAAUUGCUUGUCCUUUGUUUUACCUAUUGUACUGCGCUGCAGAAUAUGUCAGCACUAUAUAAAUCAUUGUAAUUGUUAUUUAAGGUCAAGCCGAAGCCAAAGAUGGGGACGGUUUCCAUCACAAAAGAAAACAGGGUGCAGAUAUGGGGUACAGUGCUCCCAAAAUGACACUAGAGGAGCUGGAUAAAAAACUGGCAGAAUAUGACCUACCUACUCAAACUCUGCCAGUUAAAUCAAUGGACUUCAACUAUCCCCAAAAUUGUCACUCCCAGUGUGGAGGAGAGGUGGGAAGAAAGCAAGAGAAGAGUAAGAUGCAAAAUGUUCACCAUGCCCGGCAGAUGCCCAAGGAUGGCAUGCAGUUUGAGAGAUCUCAACAGUUUAAACGGGAUAGCACCAAGGAUAGUCAUUCGCACAAGGUUAAAAUGGGCAGAGGGGAACCUUGCCAAACAAAGGCCAAUAAAAGCCCAGUCUUUCGCAGCCGUAAACGCAAAAGAUUCUGGGAAGGUAAGCUAAUUUUUUCCUCCUCACCUACUGUUUCCGUUCGUGAAACGUGUUUUGUUAGAAUUGUUGAUGUUUUUUUUUACCUGUUGUACUGCGCUGCAGAAUAUGUCAGCACUAUAUAAAUCAUUGUAAUUGUUAUUUAAGGUCAAGCCGAAGCCAAAGAUGGGGACGUUUUCGAUUAUAAAAGAAAACGGAAUGCAGAUAUGGAAUACAGUCCUCCCAGAAUGACAUUAGAGGAGCUGGAUAAAAAACUGGCAGAAUACGACCUACCUACUCAAAGUCUGCCAGUUAAAUCAACAGACUUCAACUAUCCCCAAAAUUGUCAGUCUCAGUUUGGGAGAUCCCAACAGAUUAGAGGGGAUAGCACCAAGGAUGGUCAUUGUCCUGAAGUUAAAAAGAGCAGAGGGGAAGCUGGACAAAGUAAGGCCAAUGAAAUCCCAGUGCUUCGCAGUCGUAAACGCAAAAGAUGCUCGGAAGGUAAGCAAAUUUGUUUCCUCUUCACCUACUGUUUCCGUUUGUCAGAUGCAUUUUGUUACAAUUGUUUGUCUUUUUUUUUUUGACCUAUUGUACUGAGCUGCAGAAUAUGUCAGCACUAUAAAUCGUUGUAAUUGUUAUUGAAGGUCAAGCUGAAGAUGAGGACGGUUUCCAGCCCAAAAGACAACGGGUCGCAGAUAUAGAUUUCAGUUCUGCCAGAAUAACACUAGAGGAGCUGGUUAAAAAACUGUCAGAAAUACAUGUUGAAAGCCUGCCAAUUAAAUCAAUGGACGUCAACCAUCCCGGCACACAAGACUCAUCUGUUGAAGAUAUGGAAGUCGAUUAG